AUGAUGAAAUUUCAGUUGACACAAAGAUUUUGGUUUCUUGUAUUCAUUAUAUUGAAUUGUUUUGUUGCCGUAACAAGUUUUAUAUUAUUUGUAUUAAGUAUAAAAGCCGAGGAUAAUCUACUUAAAUAUAAAUUAAUAUUACAAUAUACAAUACCAGCUAUUUAUCCAACAGGAAUAUUUACAGGAAGUCUUGGUUUAAUAACAGCAUGUUUAGGAUUUAUUGGAUUAUGGAAACAAAUGAAUAUUUUAUAUCUUUUACAUGUAAUUUGUUUGACCAUAGCAACAAUCAUCAAUCUAUGUAUAGCUAUUGUUACAUUGAUAACUGAUCAGCAAUUUUUUAUAAAUGCCAAACAAGCAUUAGAUACUACUAUUAAAUAUUAUUAUAAGAAUGAUGAAUAUGCAGACGAAUUUGAUGAAUUACAUAGAAAAUUUUUCUGUUGUGGAGUUAAUUCGUAUGCUGAUUUUAAAAAAGCUAAAGUAUUAAUACCAUUCUCGUGUAGAGUUGGUCAGUAUGUUUAUGCAAGAGGUUGUUUUGAUGAAUUAAGUGAAUACGUACAAUAUUAUAUAACAUUAUUAUCAUCAAUUUGUUUUACUACAUCAUUUAUCUAUGCUGUAUUCAUAGGUGUAGCAAUUAGAAAUCUUCAUAAAUCAAUUAAAGGAAUAAAUUCAUCUUCAUAA